UAAACCUCAGCACGAAGGGCUGGACGAGGAGUCGAUAGGAAGCCGGGCAGGAGGGAGGGAGGCUGCGGGGCUCUCCAGCACAGCCACGGCAGAGCCCGGGCAGGCUGGAACCAUGCUUUUCCUCUGGGCACUGGCAUUUGUUCUCGUCCUGCAGGAGCAAGAUCCUUUAGCUGCUGGUGAUCCUAUCAGCAUGGUACCUGAAAGUUCAGAAAGAGGAAGCUGGUGUAAUGAACAUAUGAUCCAUGAACGCUUAGAUAUUAUUGAAGAGAAGGUAAUAAAAACAGUGGAGCACCUAGAAUCAGAAGUCAAAUCGCUCCUCAACAUCAUCAGUGAGACAACACUGAACAUCCCCACCGUUCCAGGAACUCCACUUAUAGACGUUUUUGAUGAUACCAGCUGAGCACUGUGAAGACAGAAGACAGCUGAACAUAACAGUGUGGUUGUCAUAAAUAUUUGCACUUGAGAUCAUUUAAUAAGCUUGUGUUUCGAGAAUGCAUGCAGGGUGAACAAUCCUCAGCUGUAGUUUGUCUUCUGUGUUGUUUGCUUUAUAAUAAAAACGUAUUUGCUUUCAGACACA